AUGAGUGCAUCUCCGUUAUUUUCCGACCCUCCGGCUAUUGCUCUUCGUGGUUUGGAGGCAGCUGGUCAACAAUUUAGGUUACAUUCCCGGCCAAAAGCCAGCCGUGUUUUGUUGAUGGUUACUAACGGAAAGCACAGAGGAAAUGCCGCACCCCUGGGACAGGAACUGCGAGAAAAUCUUCAUGUAGAAAUCUAUUCUGUAGCAAUUGGCGCCUCUUCGGAACAAUUGGCAUCUCUUCAGCGAGUUAUUGGGGGUCCAAAACUUGCUGCUGAACGAAUGCUUCAAUUAGAUUCUGUUGAUGAAUUAUCUGAUCCUAGUAAACUGGCUUUUCUUCGCCGUUCACUUUGUUCAAGUAUGAAAAGUGAAAUGACAACUCAAGAAUGGAAACAUUAA